AAUUAAACCUUUAAUCUUCACUAUAAGAAAUGGGAAUUUCGAUUCUAAUUUGAAGGUUAAUUUUUAAUGUAGAUGUAAUCAUGUAUAUUUUCUGGCCCCUUAUCUUCUUCUCUAGUCCCCAUGGCUUUUACUAUGAACACGCGUUGGUUACGUAUUUUCCAAAAAAAUCACAGUGUAUUGCCCGAUAUUAUCCAAUUACCUUAAUAUUUCUGCCAUUCAUGGCAUAUUUAUGGCUUUUGAUUGUUUCCUUUUGGGGUGAUAUUGAAUGCGUUUUAGUCAUUGGGGAGUCCAAGAAAUCUUCCAAAGAAGCCCAAUUCUUUGCUCAUCACAAAAAUGUGGGGAAUGAUUCAAUACCCCCCCCCAAAAAUGUCCUAAUAUUGCAGAAGCUAUUUAAUUAACACUAAUAGCAUUAAAUCUAAAAAGUAAGGUAAAUUCUCCAAAAUGCAUGUCAACAAGUUUCCACAUAACACACGUAGCACAGAAAUCCGGCAGGAUUCAUGACGAAUCCCCGCUCCGGAAAACUUCCUAACCCGGCCUUCGCCAUGUUAGUUGCACAGAAAUGCUUCCGUCUGUGGUGUGUUCAUCCAGUCAAAGGAAACAAGGUUAAAACGCCCGCCCUGCUUUUGUGACUUUCCACCUGUUUCUUUGUUGUGUGACUAAAUUGAUUGACUUUGACAGCACGCCAAUGACGUCAUAUCCAGCAAACUGUUUCACUUUUGAUCAGAUACUUCAUGCUAAGGAAAAUACCAUACAGGGCUAAGGGAUAAUGGUUCAUGUACUACACGUUCGACUUAUUUCUGUCGACAACAACAACGAAACAUUGCGGUCGUGACGAUGGAUGACUCUAAGCGAAAGUAUGACACGAUGUGCGACAAAGGAAAUGUGGAUCGUCGUCUUUCUUGUCCGGUUGUAUUGAAGAUGCACGUCUCACAUUUUGAAUAAAGGCCAAAUCCAUGCCAGUGUGAGUUGCCUUCAGUCAUCAGUAGUGCCGCUGGCUUCAGUUACUUUACUCCUGGAACAUGUCCCAUGAGACAGAAGCCACACCAACACGCGAAGAUGCUGAUGAUAGUUUUGUGUCCAUCAACCUGGAGUCAAGCGGGCCAUGCGACAUCUGCGGCCUGGACACAGGGGAGCAGGUGGCGUCUGCCUGCCAGCUGUGCUUGGUGAGCUCCGCCCGCCAGCCCGUCCAGAAAGGCUUCAACCGGAUGCCCGAUCUGCUGCACGCCGGUGUGGCUGCCCACGAGAGCUGCCUGGCCCGGUCGCACCAGAUCCUCACACAGGUGCAGCGUACCUACCACCACAGCCCGUUGCCGCACCGGCGGGGCACCAGCGUGCCCGGCGACUUCUCCUCCCUCGGCCUGCGCGACGCCGUUGGGGACCGGCUCCAGUGGAUCGUCAACCAGGCCAAAAACGAGGACGUCAAGAACCAGUGGAACCGCUUGCAGGUCCACAGCAACCCCUGUACCCGGUCCAGCAGCCCCAUCGUCUUCCGGGCCCUGACGGAGGACGCCCUCCUGAGGCGGAAGAGCGAGAACAACCUGACGGACGCCAGCUUCUUAGAGCUGCGGAAGAGCUACGCCCGAUAUCUUUACGGCAGCAGCAUCCCCAAGUCGCACAGCGACGACAACGUAGGCUGUAAAACGGAAUCCUGUCCAAGCAUCAGUGUUACUAGCAGCAAUGCCGAACCAAAGACCAAGACCACAGUGCCUUGUGAAAGUAAUGUCAAGGGUCAGAUGCAAUCACCCUCAAAAACUGCGAAAGAGAAUGCACUGCAGGACAGUGUACUCAGUAAACAAAGCAAACUUCAGGACUCCUCCAACAAUAAUAACGAUAUCCAGCUGUCCAGAGAAUCCAAACUGAACUCACAACCGAUACCAGAGCUUGGAAGGGAAAGAGCGGAUGGAGGAAAAAAGAAUCAGCGAUGGAGCAACAAACAAAGAGUAGACAGAGAUCAAUUGAACAACAUGAGCCCGGCUGAAAUCAAGAAAGUGGUUUUCAAAUUGGAGCAUAUCAUCAAAGAUAUCUCAGCAGAGCUGGUGAAACUCCUCCAGGAGCGAGACUCCCUGGGUCAGGAGGUCAAGGUUCGCAACCUUACUAUCCAGAAGUUGGUCAAGAUGAAGCACAGCCAGCAGGAGGCCCCAAUCAAAACAGCCGGCGUGGGGAACAUAUGAAAUCUGGGAAGGAUCUUGUGUGAGUCAUGGCUUUUUGACUGACUGUGUACACAAGCAGGCAAGGCGGCUAUAUCAUUUAACUCUGACAUGUUGGCAUUGCCUUUGUGUACAGGUAGCAGCUUCAGAAUGUGGGUAGCUGCCAGCCAUUGCCUUCUAUAGGGACAUGUGUUGUAAUGCCAACUGAAGCACCAACUUUCAAACCUAUACUUGCAUCAUUAGUUAGGAAAAACUGGAUUUGCCAUCUCUGAGAAGGAGCCUCUGCCUGAACCCUAAAAGAGCCGGGGGAGGGGGGGUGGAAUCUGCCCCCUCAACAUUUUCUCCGAUUUCGCUGUGGUGCAUUUUUUUUUGAAGUUGAGCCUUUAAGAGUUUUUUUUUUCGCAAAAAUAUAAAGUACCGUUGUCACGCAGCGUGCAUUUUUCCGAGACAGGUCAGCCAAAAAUGCAUACUCUUUUCCACUGGGGUGGUCAAUGCACACUUACUGGCACACAUGUCGCCCUGACCUUCAAAUGACCCAAACAACAAAACCAUAUGUCUGAUUGAGUUCAAACUUCACUGUUGUAAUGCUAAGGAGUGUCUGUACAUGCAUGGUAAGUUUGAAAAAAGUUGGGAGUAGAACAGCCGAGUUCUUGGGGGGGGGGAAUUCCCUCCCCCGGCUGUGAGAUGAGUCAAAAUAACCCGGCUCUUCGAGGGUUAAGGUGCAUACAGAUUACAGGUAGCUGCAAUCAUUAGUAUUUGUUACAAACACAAAAUGCGAAGAAAAGAGAGAAAAUUCAAGAUAUAAUUUAUGCUGGACAAUUAUUACAAUUACAAGCAUGAGACAAAUGUUUUUCAAUUUCAUAAAAUUUGACAGCUUUUCUCUGUCAUUUGUAAUGAAAUGAUGAUAUCAACAACGUAAAUGAGGUCUUGUCUUGGAUGAAUUUGUAUUUUAAUAAGAGCAAG